AAAAUUCAUACGAUAGCCCAAAAAUAAAGGCCAAUAGAGUCCAUAGGAGCCCACAUAAUAACAGUCUUCUCUUUCCUAGGGCUAGGGUUUUUCGAAGUUUCGAUCACUCUAUUCCACUUGUCAACAGAGAGAAAGAAGAAACUUGAAAUGGCGAGGAUUAAGGUGCACGAAUUGAGGCAGAAGAGCAAGGCGGAGUUGCUGGCCCAGCUGAAGGAUUUGAAGGCGGAGCUGGCACUGUUGCGGGUGGCGAAGGCCACCGGUGGCGCCGCGAACAAGCUUUCAAAAAUCAAGGUGGUGAGGCUCUCCAUUGCCCAGGUGCUGACCGUGAUUUCUCAAACGCAGAAGGCCGCACUCAGACAAGCUUACAAGAAUAAGAAGUACUUGCCGCUUGAUCUCCGCCCGAAGAAGACCCGCGCCAUUCGCAGGCGCCUUACCAAGCACCAGGCAUCUUUGAAGACAGAAAGGCAGAAAGCGAAAGAGACGUAUUUCCCAAUGAGAAAGUAUGCAAUUAAAGUUUGAGUUGUUUGUGCUGGAUUUGAGUUUUUGGAGGAUAAUGAUACUUUUUUACAUUUAUUUUUUCAUACUUUCAGUUAGUCAGAAAUUGUUAUUUUAGAACUUUGAAAUGAGUACUAUUGAGCCCUUUUAUUUAAUGAUUUACUCAUUUUCUGAGCUUUUGCA